AUGGCGGGAGUGAAGAAGUGCGGUGGAUUCAGCGGCUGGGUGAGGGGAGCAGAAGAGCCAUGGGGGAUUUGGGGAGCAGAGGCCAUGCGGAGUAGCCGGAAGUGGGUGACCGGGUGGGAAGGCGUUCGACCAAGUGGGGUGCCAGAGUGCAAAAUGCCUUUCCCACCUUCUGGGUCUGGAAUUGCAGAUAUGGAUCCGCGUCAGAAUUUUAACAGUUUUAAUUUUGUGCGUCAAGAUAUCCGUGCUAACGCACAGGUCAACUUCAACAACACAGAUAAUGCUGCGGCGAUGUCCAGGACAGCAACUGGAGAGAAACCUUUCAGCUCAAGGGAGGGCUUCCCAUUCAGCUCUUCACGUGCCUUUACUAAGGACCAUGAACAAUAUUCUAAGAAGAAGAGAGAUUUUGUCCAUGUCUUGCUGAAGAGAAAAAAGACCUUUGUGACCGUGACAGACUCUAGCGGGAAUAAAAAGACGGGGGCCUCCGCUGGUUGUUUGGAGGACAGGAAAGGGCGAUCCCGUCUCUCUCGGUAUGCUUCUGAAGCAGUCGCGGAGCAUGUCGGACGAUCCGCCAGAAAGAUGGGUUUAAGCUCUGUUGUCAUGAAAGUGAAAGGGGCUUCUUUCUUCAAGAAGAAGAAGAAAGUGAUCUUGAGCUUCAGAGAAGGUUUCCGAGGUGAAAGAGUGAGAGAUCGAUCUCCUAUCAUGUACAUCCACGAUGUGACCCAACUUCCUCAUAAUGGAUGCCGACUCCGCAAGCAACGCCGGGUGUAG